CGCAAAAUUCAAACCCAUUGAAGCAUGGUUUAAUUCGAUUUUGGACAAAACAAAAUGAGAUUCAGAAAAGGAUUACUCACACAGAUACUGACACGAACAACUGGCAGGUCAAUUCGUGGCGAUUUCCAAACCGCUUCUAAAUGAUUUCAGGAAAAUGUAAAUCGAUGAUAUUUAUUGCAAAGAAUGUUUUUGUCGCAGAGAAAGUUAGGCCAUCGUUCCGUGUUAUUCCUAAUUAGACCCACUGGCCUUCGGUAGCUGAUAUAGGAAGAUGACGGCUCCUGUCAAAAGUCUGCCGGAAUUACAUAAGAUGACCGGAGUAAAGUCAUGAUUUAGCAGAUUAAAAAGUUGAUCGACAGACUAGGUACAGUUUGAAACUGAUAAAACCAAAAUAUGACGCCCGAAUCCAAGGAAAACGAACAUAUGUUAGAUAGCAUUUUAUAACCCUUAGUGAACUGGAGACUGGUAAACAAAAGUUGAACCUUGUCAUUUGCUGAAAAUGAAGUGGAUUAUUAUUUUUGUUAUUCUGAAGUUCGAUCAACUUGUUUCUUUGUAUCAAGGAGUCAGGCUGGGGGAUUUUCCUGCUCCAGAUUUCAGGACAACAAUUAGAGAGUUUCCAGCGCAAAGCAAGAAACUGUCCUUCAGACGGAUAAGCCUUCCUGCAUAUUUCAAAUCUACGCCAGAUUUAGUCAGAGUAUUUGCAUCAACACAGGAUGGAGACAGUGCAGGUUUUCGUUUUGAAGGAGCUGGUGCUUGUCAGAACCCUGGAAAAGCUGGGAACUAUGGGGGUUUAAUAUUUGCUUAUAACGGAAAGUAUGUGUAUAUUUGGGCACCAACAAAAUAUUCUGGAAACAGAAACGGAAAACUGAUCUAUGUAGAAGAUGGAUGGGGUGGUGAAAAAUACACACAGAGUUCUCGAAUUGCUGAUGUCACAGUAGAGGUGUGGAAGAAUUUACCAACUCCAAAUUUCCAAACUGAAAUACAAGUUGAUGGCUCAAAGCUGUUUUAUGAAGUUCCACAUAAAUUGAAGCAAAUUCCAGACUUCAUAAGUGUACGAGUGUUUGCAAGAAAGUUGAAUAGUUUUGAUAAACGCUAUCUUUUUCAUUUUCCUGCUGUGGGAGCAUCACAAACCCCCAAAGGUAGCACUGAAUACGGAGGAGUUAUUUAUUCAUAUAAUGAAACAUUUGUGAGGUUGUGGCUUCCAAACAAUGGUGAAAACCUCAAAACUGGGUGUAUAAAAAUAACAGGGGGAUGGGGGAAUGGAAGACAUGCAGAUGACGUAAAUGCAGAUGUUUGUCAAGUAGAAAUUAGAGCUUGGAUAAAUUCGUUUCCUUUGCCAGCAUUCCAGACAGGAUGGAGAAAUAUACUUGCCAAUGCUCAUCAAAAAUCAUUUCGUGAAAUACAUCACAACCUAGGUGUAGAUACACUGCUGGUGCAAGUUCAUGUUAAGAAACCAGGUAUUGAGACUAAUGGGUUCAUAUAUGAAGCCCUUGGGUCUGUACAGUCUACCCAGUCUGAUGGUGACCUAUAUGGUGGUAUAUUGUUUGCGUAUGAUAAGUCUAGAGUAAGAAUCUGGGUUGCAAGCAGUGAAACUGACAGAAAUGGAAGAGCUAUUUUUGUCUCAGAUGCAUGGGGAAAUGGAACACACACAGAAAAACUUGAGAAAGUGUUGUUUCGUAUCAAAAUUUUUGCUCAUUUGUGUAAAAAGAACACUCAGAUUGCAGAUGGGCAAGGAAUUUGUCGAGAUGCGGAAAAUACAGGUCUGGUUUGGCAGACAUCUUCUUGGAAUAACUGCUCCAGCAAAUGCGGUAUUGGGUCUAAGCUGAAGAAACUAACAGGGUGUCAUGCCCUCAAAAUGAGGACUGUUGUGUCGUGUGAUUUCGAAGACAGCAUGUGUGGGUUUACAAGUUCUAAUAAAUGGCAGAGAAGCAGGGGGUCUGCUGAAACAAAAAUUAACGUGUCUGGGUUUAUGCAGCCUCCAUAUGGAUAUAGAAAGGGAACCUACUUUGUCUACCCGGUUAUGAGUGGUCUACAUCCCGGGUCUCGCGCUCAACUAAGAAGUCCUCCGAUCGCAAAUGGCAAAAAGUGUAACUUAAAGUUUUACUGGAACACUGGUGUUUACUACAAUUAUUUUGAGGUAUUGGUCCGAGUUGGUGGCAUCUGGAAAAUAGCCUGGAAAAUGUCUGACAAGCAGCCUGGGAACCCAUACAUCUGGUACGCGGGCUAUUUGAAUCUGGAACGCGUUACAGUAGAACAGUUCAGCUUCAGUGUGAAGGUUGGGGAUCACUGUCGUAGACACUGCGGUUAUGUGGCAUUUGAUGACGUCACCUUAAGCUGUGAAGCAGAGAAUAGACACAUGGUUUCGUUGCAAACGUGCGAGUUGCGGGCCCUUGCGUUGCCUGGUUGCCCUGUUAAUAUCCUAGAGCCAAUCGAUAAAGGCCCUGCCUACAGUGUUGUGAUCAUAAAUCGCCAGAAGUACAUCAGAGCUAAUGGCACAGUGUCUCAAACUGUCGCAAGCUACCAGUUCCGAGUUGAAAAGAAUGACUUCUAUACCAUCUGGAUUGAUUUUCUCGGGACAAACAGCACUGAUAAUAGUAUUUCUUACGUGGUGGACCAUGGAAGGAUUAUACCCAGGCAUCUUUCUAUCAGGAAAGAUAUUCCGGUUUGGAGCUGUCUUAAUCCACAGGGCGUCUUCCUUAAAUCUGGAGUCCACACACUUACGUUCAGGCAGUAUAAGCUCGGGUUCAGGUAUCGUGAAAUUCGCGUGACACCCAAGCACUUGUCAUCCUGGUCAUCAUUAGGAAUGCAGAACUUGCACAUCAAUGACAAUCAGCUGUCGAGUUCACUGAAGCUUGAUAUGCUCUACAAGAAUGCACCGCAUCUCAGACUUAAUGGACUGGGUGCCUGGGUAACGAAUGAUCUGAACUUUGAUUGGCUGCAUUGGCAAGUUCGCUUCCCUGAUUUGGCGCUGGUGAAUAAAAUCGCCAUUCAAGGCGGUUGCAAUCUAAAGGAACCGGCCUGCUGCUCCUCCCAAAGCGUAAAGCUGAAGUUUUCUGUCGACGGCUUGUACUUCUCCUACUACAGAAAUUUGUCAGGGGGAAUCCACUCUUUUCAUGGCUCUUACAACUCAGCGCCGCAUUUCGCUGUCGAAUCAUCGCUAGAGUAUGCGGUACCGGCCCGAGCCAUUCGCUUCUAUCCGUUCAACCACAGGUUGUUAACGUGUGUCCGUGUCGAGAUCUAUGGCUCAUACCUGACAAGAGCAAUGUGUGCAAACACAGGUGUGAAGCCAAUGACCAUGAAGAGGUGCGUUGGAGAUCGCAAUUGCGGUGAGAAUGCGGAAUGUUCCAAGCAUGAAAGCGCCACAGAUGAAGAAUCAUGUCAUUGUUCCCCUGGUUUUCAUGGUCCCUCAUGUCAGAACAUGAACUGCCAACCAAACCCGUGUCAGAAUGGAGGCACUUGCAAAGCUCAUUUAGGCAUGUUCGAGUGUCUAUGUAAGCCUGGCUACAUGGGAAGAUUGUGUCAAAUGUCAUGCCCUUCAAACAAGUACGGGCCGGGUUGCAAUGAAACCUGUGCAUGCAUUGGCAAAAGUCGAUGUCACCCGCUGACUGGUGAAUGUGUAUGUGAACGAGGUUAUACAGGGAAACAAUGUGAUCAAAGAUGUCCGAAGAGGCUUUAUGGUGUGAAUUGCAAGAGUAUAUGUAAAUGUUCUCCGGUAACCAAUUGCGACCCGGCGUUCGGAGGCUGUUACUGUCCACCGGGUUUGUUUGGAGAAUCAUGCAAAGAGCCGUGCCUAGAAGGGUAUUUUGGCAGAAACUGCACGUCUAGAUGCGAAUGUACGCGUCGCUCGCAGUGUUUACCUGAAAACGGUACAUGUAUUUGUCCGCCCGGAUGGACUGGUAGAUUCUGCGAAAAGGAGUGUCCGGACGGCAAAUACGGGGCUAAUUGUUCCAAACAUUGCAGCUGCCCGGUGCAUGCUUUAUGCAACAAGCACGAUGGAAGUUGCAUGUGUACGGCCGGUUGGGUAGGCCACGGCUGCGAUAAGAAAUGCAUGAAUGGUUUCUAUGGUGUGGGCUGCAAACUGCAAUGUGACUGUUCUUGGAAAAAGACAGAAUACUGUCAUCAUGUUACCGGACAAUGUGUGUGCAAAGCAGGAUAUGUCGGCACCAGAUGUGAAAACAGGUGCAAACCAAACAAGUAUGGACCGGGAUGUAAGGAGCUUUGCAAGUGUAAAAAUGGUGCCACUUGCAAUCCAAAAGAUGGCAGCUGCCGUUGUCCUAACGGCUACAUUGGGAAAUUCUGCGAGAGGCCUUGUCCUACUGGAAGAUAUGGCCGAAAUUGCGUUGGGGUUUGCAAAUGCAUUGGAAACCAGACCGAGGCUUGCGACAUUGUGGAUGGAAGCUGUGACUGCAUUGCUGGAUACAAGGGGAAUGUGUGUCGCCAGACUUGUCAGACUGGUUGGUGGGGAAAGAACUGUGUAUCCCUCUGCUACUGUAACCACGGUGCUGAUUGCGAUCCAUCGAAUGGUUUCUGCGCGUGUACUUCUGGCUGGGAAGGAGAGUACUGCGACUCAUCAUGCGACAAUUUGUUUUAUGGCCCUGGAUGCAAGCAUCGAUGCCGUUGCCACAAUGGGGCUACCUGCGAUAGAUUUAACGGAAGUUGCUCCUGCGCACUCGGCUUCUACGGCCAAUACUGCGAAGCCAAAUGUCCAAGUUGGUGGUACGGAAAAGACUGCGCGGGAAGGUGUACCUGUAUUAAGAAUAAUGCGUACGGUUGCAGCAAUUCAAAUGGAACCUGUUUUUGCAGAGAAGGAUACCAAGGAAAUAACUGCCAGAAGGAAUGCGAUGAUGGAAAGUACGGAGGCGGAUGCCAGCUGGAUUGUCCCGUAUGUCGGUACCACGUGGUUGGGCCUUGUGAUAAGACGUCUGGACAAUGCAAUUGCAGUAUAGGAUAUUAUGGAACAAGCUGUGAAAGUUAUUGUCCGUUGGAACGAUAUGGACGGUACUGUGCAUUUACUUGCAAUUGUACGGUGCAGGAAAUUUGUAGUCACGUGAAUGGAGGCUGCUUGAAUCGCAAUGAAUUUGAAUUCUUUGUUAGUCUUCGAUUAGGGUAUAGCAACUCACUGGGAUAUCAUCUUCGAAAGCAAUUGAUUUUCAACAUUGAAAGACUAAUGGCCAAAUAUUUCCACGAGUUUUUCCGUCCGAUAUCGGUUCGAAGAAGGGAUCUGCCGUCUGACCUUAUGGAACUAACAACCCCAGAAAUAGCAAAGCUGGUGUCUGACUCUGAUGGUCUUUAUACUUUGUCAGAUUAUGUAACUGAUUCAGAUGGAAGGUCAAGAGAUGGGGAAGGAAUCCAUGUUGCUUCAGUUUCAUCAGCGGAGAAGGAUAUGCCUGACAGGAUAAAGGAUUUUGUAGGACAACUCUCCCCCGAAGAAUUUGAGCACAAAAUUGUGAGAAGAAACGCUAAGAACAAUAGCAAAAUUGUGAAUUGCGAGCAACUUGAUAUGAAUGUAAAUCUUAAUUCUUUUUCCGUGCGAAUCACAAGUGCGUCGAAGAAGUUUGCAAAAAAUGGCCAAGUCGUUUUUAAAAUUGGUUUUGUCGCUUUGUACAAAGAAAAACCCCAGCCAAAGGAGAGGAUGGACGAGUUUCUGAAUUACCUACCAGAGACAUGCUUACUAACCGGUGCAAAUUGCGAAUCGUGUGCAUUUUACGCUGGAAAGCUUUUUGACAAUGAACCCGAGCCAAGUUCUUCAAGCAUGUGGAUUAUUAUUGGUGCUAGUUUAGGCGGCGCUGGGCUGUUGAUAACCCUUGCAAUUUGUUUAAUAGCCCGAAGGAGACGCCAAAACAUCGUGCCUACUAUUUACAAAGUCAAGAAAAACUCCCGAGACAUAGAGCUUAGGCCCUUCCUUGCAAACGGUGAUGGGAGUCACGUGCUUGCUUUCGAGAACCCUUACUAUGAUGUAAUCGCUGCAAUGGGUCUUGAUGAUGAUAUUGAGGAGGAUUAUUUCAAUCCAUUGUACACGUAUGAUGACGUCAGUUUGUAUUGUGACGACCAGGGAAGUGACUCUGGGACGGAGACAAACAACGAUGAAGGUUAUCAUUAUCCUUAUGACAGAGACAGUGGCAUAUCCAGUGGGACCAUCCAUCAAUGAAGAUGUAUUGGCUCAGCAUUAGUAAAUAUUGUUUAAGUUCGCAGAGUGAUUGCUUGAAAUGCUGUGUUUCAGGGAGUUGUGCGAUUUGUGUUUCAGGGAGUUUAUACGCAUGAUUUCCAGGAGAGUAUGUUUGCUUUUGGCAGCAUUCACGAUACAGGUUUCUCAGCUCAUGAAGAAGAGGCUGGUUUUUAUGGACCUCGUUUUUAAAGACUGGAUGAAUUUUUAUUUAGGCCGUUUUCAAAGGCCGUAUAAAGGUAGAAAAAAAAUUGCUUAUUUGCUUGAUGUUUAAGGCAGAAAUUAAAUGUUAAAUGACUUCAGUUGAAAUUAUUGGUGACGACACUUGAGUUAGACUGCUUAUUUGAUUCUUUUGGAUCGAAUUGCAUGUCGGUCGCAAUGGCAAUUGAAAGAUAUAGCCAGUUUUGUAGUGUAGGGUUGUGUCUUAAGAAUUUGUUGUAUUUUAUAUUUUUAGGCCCAUGGCUGAUGUAAUUAACUAUUUAUGCACUAAUAAUCAUGAGUAUGUGUGCAAAUGUUUUUAUAUUUAAUGAAGUAUUUAACUCAGUUUUUUAUUAAUAAACUAAAGUUGUAAAAAAUACUUUCUUUAUUGAGUAGCUUUAGUAUGUUGGAAUUGUAUUUUAAAGAAUACGACGACUGCAGAUGAACGUUGCCAGAUGUUGCCAGUCACAAAUUAAGAAUACAUCUGGUUAUGAAUCUCUGUUCGUUUAGGUACUUAUGCCAUUGGUAUCCUAGAUCCGGAGAUAUUACCCUAUACUUUUAUAACGCCCGAAUAUGUCUAAAUAUGGUCUUCAGAAUGUAUGAACUGCUGAUUUUAAUAGCUCGUGUAAGCUUAAAAAAUACUUGUCUAACCCGAGAAUGCAAUACUUUUUCAUAAAGCCAGUUUGAUGUAAAUAUGAUAGCAAGUAUCGACAAGUUUUGAGCAAGACUUCUCUAUAAGUAGCCUAGAUAGAAAUGCGAAGAUUUUAAGAAGGCAAUAUCUAACUUCAAGAACAAGGUUCUCUUUUCAGCGUAUAGUUUAUAACUCAUAGAUGAUGGCUUUGUAUAUUGUCAAGGGGCAUGAACUAAUCUUAGCUAAACUUAAGCUAAGACUAAACCUCUGACCUCACUCUAGAACUUCUUUAUAAGAGGUCACUUUCUCCCAAAGCAUUAUCAUGAAUAUAGAAUUGUAGUUAUUGUUGUGUAUGCCAAUUAAAUAGACAAUGGCGUCAUUCAAGUAAGCAAUAUUCUGUCAUCAUCAAUUUUGAAUUUAAUUCGUUUUGUCAAAAAGACAAAUUUUAAAGCUUACUAGCUCUAUCUUUUUGCAUUUCCUGUCUGUCUCUUUCAAGUUUGCAGUUAAAAUUUGUGACAAGUAAGCUUCUGAUAUUUACCUUUUUCAAAUGUGAAACCAUCAUGACACUUAAAAAAGAUGUUGUUCCCAAGGCCCUGAUCACUCUUCAUCGGAAUUAUUCUGUAUCGGAACUUUUACACACCAGAAAAGCUUUCUGUGCACACAAAAACGCUGGAAUCCGAUGAGCUCCGUAUCGUUUAUACUUUGGCUGGAUACUUUUUUAAACUAUCAUUUAUACGGAGGGAAGUGAUACUUUGGUUGUGGUAUGGGAGCGUGUUGGACCACUUUUGGGUAUGUUUGGACGCACGGUAUUGCCGAUAUGUAAUGGUUUUGCUCCCGAGCCUUUUUUCGAUUAUGCGCAGCGGCUUUGUUCUUAAAGGCUUGUGCUACGCAGUUCGGAGCAUAGCGGCGCUAUGAAAACAGAGGAUAAAUCUGGAUCGAACACAGUACUACUGACUGGUGCCAUAAAUUAGAUAUUCCAUGAAUUCUGAUUGUGGAAAUAAGGCCUAAUUGUGUUUGUAGCAUUUGGGACUUAAUACUAAUAAGCAUAAUAUGCCUAACUCCUUGGUCUAAAUCGAGUAAGCAAAUUGGAUUAUUACAAGGAGUCCUUCUUUUAAAGUCUUUGAGGCAAAAACAAGCUCAACUAUGCACAUUUUAAAGACUUAUUUAAAUUCCAGAUACAAAUGCUUUUUGUAAAGCAAUAUAAUAAGUUUUAAAAAAAACUUUUUACAAAACUGCUCAAAAUAAUGAAAUAGCUCAGAUCAAUGAAAUCGUACAACUAUCAACGUAAUCUAUUACGUGCGUGGUCCUGUGAGCCUAGAGAUUCGUCUUCUAAUCUUUUCUUCGUUGAACAUUUAUAUUUGUAUGACUACAUGGUAAAGUCAUUAGAAAUCAGUCGAAGUCUGUUAAGAGCUUUAUACCUUAUCUAGUAAAUACCCUAUCUAGAGAAUACACAGGGAGAGAUUCGAUCAAUAUUCAAUUGGCCCAAUUGUUGGCCAUGUAGCUUAAAUUCCUCAAGUUUCCUCCAGAUUACGUGGAACCAUAAUCUCAUAAGAAUUCCUCACAGAUCCUGACUGAGGAGUUUCAUUCAGUCUGACGGCUGGCUGCUGCAAACUGUAAGACCAGUUUCUCAAGGGCCAUUUUGAUUUCGAUUCGAAAAUAUAAGACCUGAGCCCACCUUAGCAUAUUUAUUAAAUUACGAUUUGGGACUGCUGCAUCUAUUUCUAUAGCAACGCCAUGUGGUUUUCCAUUACUUGAACUGUAUUAAAAGUCAUUGUUCUACUACUGCUAGUUCGUUAACUUUAAAUGAAAGGGUGCUAACAAUUCUUAAACUACCAUUGAUCCUAUAACGAAUUUUAAAUACAAAUUCAGCUAUCCUUGUAAGGAUGCACUGUAAUUUUCAAAUCUUCGUUCUUUUAAAACGUGCACGGCAUCCCACGCUGUGCUGUGUUCAGUUCGUUUGUACCGUGCAACGUUAGAACGAAUUUUAGCAACACUCCCGAACAUGAAUUAUACCCACUUACACACGUGAUCUUAGGAUUCUCGUAUCCAGCGUUUACCUGUACUCUUUGUGUCCCUGUCUCUUCUUCAGUAACCUGAACCUUUUUAAAUGCAUUAUUGGAAUAAAAUGGAUUAACACUCUCGAACAUGCUUUUCUUCACUCGCUCUUUUGGCCCUUCACUUGCAUAUCGACUCUUGGCCGCUUUCUCGAACUGCCUAGCAUCGUAUUCGUUGAUCACACCAUCUCUUUUGACUUCAAAACCACGUGCCUCUGUCUCUCUUCUAAAACGAGCCUCCUUGCCAGGACGGAAAUGAGCAUUUUCAGUUUCCUCCAUCGUAGCAUAAGCCUCUUCUGGACCCUCGAUGAUGACUCCUGCGGGAGUAUCUAUAUACUCGUCUGGCCUAGCAAUCGAGCUGCGGUAACUUGCAGGGUAAUCUGGUAGCUGUGGGUUGUAAACUGGGGUGCUUACCCCGCCGUCCAUCAUCUCAUAGUCCUGAUGCAUUACAUGGUCUCUGCGCACUCCAGCAGGAUAUUGUACGUCAAAGUGUGGAUUCUAAAAGUGCAAUGCAAGAUUUAUCUAAAAAUUCUGUCAAAAUAUUGAACCUGUUAUGUUGCAUUUGGAGCCUUUAGCUGACAGCUGAUGGUCAACAUUUCAUGGAUUUGUAAGAAAUUAUAUUGCGUUGAAUAUUAGCAAAUAUUUUCUUCGUGAAAGGAACGUAUAGUAGUAUUGGACAAAUAGAACAGAUUGUUAUGUUGUGUUGAUAGAACAAAUGUAAAAAAAUUCAUGGUAAGAAUGGCUUUUUGAAGUAAACUGCAUUGAUAAAGCGUUUUGCAAUCCAAUCUAAAUCGCAAAUUCUCUGUGUUUAAGAAAGAUGAGCAUUGAGUGACAUACAGUUUUUAAAACGGGAUCUAGUGAAUAUACCAAGAUGAAAUCUUAUGUUUCUUUUGCUCCGUGUCCGCAACAGCAGUAAAUGAUGCUAAUUUGUAGUAAUGAAAAGGCACUGAGGAGCAGACGUGUACACAGAAGCAUUACGUAUUUCACUAAAUGUUACCAACCUGUUCUCUCAUCAGUUUCCACUUGCUUUUGUUUGCUUUUGUUUUCUCAUCGAUUACCUUCUCUUCAAGGUCCUCUACAUCAGUUUCUUCCUGGCUUAAUAUGUCAUUCUGCUCCAGGUUGUUGUUAUCUGUUAUUUUAAGCUGCCAUACACCACGUGGAUUCUCUCCUAUGGCAAGAAAAGCCUUGACAUAGAGACUCAACUGAUGCAAAGUUAUCUUGUGAUGUACAUCAUAAAGAAUUUCAAAUACCAUAGUUAGUCGUACAGAACAAUAUGAACCAAACUAUCAAAUAACCGAUGAAUUUCGAGACAGAAGAUGUUAUUAAAGGUAAAUACUAAAUGUAUAGGGUAGUGCUUUUAGUCCAUUGGUUGCAAUGUACUUUGGGUUUAAGUGAAUAUUCACCCAUUCAUCUUCCCUGUCUAUCCGUUUUUAUUCAGCAAUUCUUCGCCAAGAAACGUCAUUUUUAUCCACGUAACAAAUACAGUUCAUAAACGAUGAUGUGUAUUCCAGGGAUUCUUUGUCUGACUUUGGCAGUUCUUUAUUUGGCUUAGGUUGACCCUUUGUCGCUGUGGCAGCGUUCUAAAAAAUCUCCGUUUUGAUGCGUUUUGUUCGCUUCAUAGACACAGCUUGUAAGGAAUCGGAUUAAUUUAUAUUUAUAGAUGAACGAAAGGUGGUUAUUGGGCCUUAUACUAUGAUAACGAGCUGUAUCUGUUUAAACAAACCUACCCCACUUGUGAACCGUCAUAAAAUUCCACUCGUCAAGGCCUUCGUCCGAGUCGUCAUAUUUGCGUGUGCUCAGCAUCUGGCUGCGUGUUUUCGCGGGCGAGUACAGGUCGAUGCUCACUUGCCCGCGUCGCUUAUGCACAAAACUGACGGUCAAGACAACAUGCUCGAGUUUUGUGAUCUCAGCGUUUGGAAUUCCUUUGCACGCACAUGUAGGGAUGUUUAUGUAGAGAGAGUUACCAUGUGGAAUGUCUCUGUGGUUUUAAAAGAGAUAAAUCAAUUUAUAUAUAAGGAAGAUUACUGUUGACUGGUCUGUGGCAGCAUCCUCGAUGCCUUGCAGACAGAGCUGUACACGAACCGUAGAAUGCAAACUUUAUUAGCAUGUUCCCAAACUUAAAGAUGGCAACCCUUCGAUUAAGAAAUAAUACAUAUCUAAAACUUUGUAAACAGCUUUUCGAAUUGGGAGCCAGUAUCGCUAACCAAAUCUAAAGGAUUCUUUUACAUAUUUCACAGAACCUCAUUUUGUAAGAAUGAUUUUAUUACUUGGUCGUAUUACAGUAGGUUUUUAUUACUUGAUAUUUCAUCAUAACUUUCCCUUCAGUAUCAGGCCUGAAACUCAGAAUUAAUGCUGGACACCAUCUUGUGCUGCAGGUUCUGUUUAUAUGCCAAAACCUUGUUGCUUAAAGACGACUUUCUGCAACUUGAAGCUUUUAUGGAAACUCAACCUUCACCUUAUAGGUUCAGUAAGGAAUUUAAUCGAACCCGAAUGCUUAACUUAAGAAAGGCUUCCUUUUCUUUAUCAUAUAAAUGCAACUUACUGUGGUUCGAAGCUCGAAUAGGCUGUGCACGUUCUCUGCUCUGGAACAUUUUGCCAGAUCUUUGCAGCCUCAACCAAGGCAUCGGCAUCAAGCCUGCCAAAACCAAACUUGUGAUUGAAAUGAAAUCCUGCGCCGUUCUUCAUCCACCCAUCGUCAACCGGUGACGUGAUCUGCGCUGUGUUUACAAUCAAAUGCUGCAUGUCUCUCCACGUUAACCUUGGACUGAAAUUGAAAUAAAAGAGUAGAGUUUCAUCCCUUGGAAUUUCACUCAAAAGAAUUUCCGAGCAACAUCAACUUAAAGUAAAAAACAGCAAGAAAGUUGCAUUUAAAUAGCCUUUCAAGAAGAAGAUAAAAAUCACCGUAUGAUUAAAAUGGAACGCUUUAGAAACACAAGGAUCCUGCCUGAACAUUUUCUCUUUGAACUCACAUGUUAAGGAAAAUCUUCCUACUAAAUAAAGGUGGGAAGGAGGCAGCAAAAUUAAGUUUUCACACUUACUUGGCUUCCAAAGCAAGAGCAAUGAUACCAGCAGCCAAUGGAGCAGAAGCAGAUGUCCCUUUAAACUCCUCCGUACAUUGAUGGUACAAAUCGGUUGUGAUCUGUGAAAUGUGCACCAAGAGUUAAGCCGGACAUUUCCAAAUAACAUAUUCUAAUUGACUUUGGCAAAAGCGUAAAUAUAUUUCGACAUAAAUUUUAUGAUUCGACGAGGAUCUGAAUUGAAAGAAUAAAAUUGUUUUUUUAAUAACGAAGACAGUUUGUUUACAUACACUGCUGCUGGAUAAAAUAGGCUUCUAAGGUCAAUUUCUAAACCAACAUUUAUAGUGCCUGCUGAAAUUAACCACUUCUAAGUAUCUUAUGUGUCUAUUCUUCUUUUUUGUGUUAAACGUACCAUUUUAUUUUCUUUCCCUUCUUUGUGGGACGCUCCAUUGAAGGUGACAGCUAGCGUGGAGGAGCAUUUCUCAGUAUAAUAUGCAGAUAGACCAUGAUCUCCAAUGCAUCCAAUCGAAAUGGUGUAAAUACUGGUUGUGUAGCCAUCACAAUUGCAGUCGUCGUCAGUUAGGCCGCCAUUUCCUGUCGCCCAAAUGAAUAUUGAGCCUAGUCCAUUUCGACCCUGCGAAGCAUCGAUAAGAUAACUGUCUAAGACUGACCGUAAGCAAAGAGAAUAUCUAUUUGAUGGACAUAUCUUUCAAAACAGUAAAAACUUUCUUGCUAGUUAAACCUUAAGCAUCGAUCUCUCACAUUUUGUCCAUCACGGUGCUCUUAAAUUUCUGCUUAUAAAUGUAUUGAAACGAUAUUCUUGCAAGAAGUUCAAAACUAGAGUUCCCCAGCAAUGCAAUGCACUCUUGUGUUUCACUUCGAAUACUUUCAUCUAGCAAUUUCCGAUUGACUGAACUUUAUCAAAGUUGAUUUCGAAAAGCUCCUUGUUUUUAUACUUACAUUUUCUGCUCCUUCCUUGAGUGCUCUCGCAGCGAUAGGCCCUGGUUUUCCGAAAGUCUUCCCAUCAUCCUUUGGUCCCCAGCAGUUUAUAUAGAUAUCAACAUAGUCUGAUUUGAAACCAAGUGCUCUCGCCUCUAAAGCAUCGGUUGCUUGGCCAUCAAGCAUACGGACUCCUUUGAUCAAAUUGCAUUGAAAAUGUUAAAUCAUAUUAAAGCGGUUCACAGUGAAAGCAAAGUUCGCUGCUAAAAGCAAAAUAGAACCAUUAACUAACACGCAUUAGUUUUUUGUAACAAUUAAAGUUAAGAACGUUUAAUUUCCAAAAUGAUCGUAAAAUACGGGAGUAUUCUUGCGUGUAGUAUGCAACCUGUUUGACAUGAAGAACAUUUUGGGAAAAUGAUUGAUUAAUUUAAGGUUCGUGGCUUUUUAUGUUUACUUUUGGACUGAUCUAUAGGCCUUUUUGCUAGUUUCGCAAAAACGAGAAAAACUAAUCUAACCGCAAUUUUAAAAAGCAAACACCUAUUUGUCGCUUAAGCCGGUUGGUGAUGCUGCUUGGUGUACCAUUUUUUAAUUAUUUUAUUGCAUCAUGUAAAAUUCAAGAGCUUUUGUCCUUUCUUGGCUUGAAUCUAGUUUUAAAGAUCCUCCCACUUGUCUAUGCAAGAAGUUACGAAAGAGCCUUGGAAACAAUCGAAUCGUCAACGUAUAAAUUCAUUGCAAAGAGUCUUCAAUGUGAAGUUGAUAUGUAAAUGUGGUAUAAAAAUCAAAAGCUCCAAGGUGGUAGAUCAUUCAACAAAGAGCAAUCUGUGUUGCUUAUGAUUUCAAACUUUGAUUAAUGCACAUACCUCCAAUUUUGGCGUUGUAUGCCACACCUGCACCGCAAAUGCCAUUGUUCGCUACAGCCGCUACUUCUCCUGCGCAGCGUGUGCCGUGACUGUCAAGAAAAGAAUUUAUAUGAAUAAACGUUGUUUGGUAUUCCUGGUGAGUGGAUGAAAAAUUAUUUCAAGAUGCCAUAAGAAAGUUGAGAUAAUACACAUGAAACUUGUAGUGUUUUCCCCGUUAAUAUCUAUGUUUACGAGGAUGCUUAUCUUUUGUUGAGCAUGGUUGAUUUUUGUUAUUAUUGACAGUCCUUGAUUUUUGCCUUGUUAGAUUAAGAAUGAUAAGGUUCUAGCGAGAGUUCGAGUAGAGGUCUGUUAUCAUAGGACAUGCUGAGCAAGGUCCUUGAGAUGUUUGGAUGCCAUCUUUGUUAGAAGGAAGUUGAUGUGGCGAUUAUUGUUUUAGUAUGGUUAGUUUAGGGUUCCGUCUUUCAUGCUAUUCUAAGAAUUCUUCUCCUGGACGAUUGCAAAUGAACACAUUCGCUAUUUCCAGCACUCUGCAAUUUAUAUUUGUUGUAAACUUUUUCAUGUUUCUUGCUUUGUGAACAUAAAAAAUACAACUCACCAAUUAUCUGGAUCACUAUCUCUUGGCCGAGGGUCAUCAUCGUUAUCGUUCAAAUCGAUACUGGCGCGUUUGUCCUGAAACAGAUCACAAAGUAUUAUCAAAGAUAUGCAAACGUGUGAAUAAAGCGACACCAAUGCUCGUGGCUAUAUUAUGCGAAAAUUAUGUUUAUAAGAUCAUAUUUUGAUCAAUCUUUUCAAUUAGUUAAGAGUACAGUAGUUUGUGAGGGCAUCUGUUGCCCGAUGGUCCAAUCAAGCUUGAAACGCGGAGUUGCAACUUAGAACCGUCCUGUUCUUUGCACCAAAGUGUAGAGUUCUAUUGAAAUAUAUUUACAAGUCGAAUGACUCCAAGUUGAAAGCUGGAUUUCGGAAGCUUCUUCAUGAAUCUGGAAAUUCAAAAUGAGCAUAAAAGCUAAAAAUAUUCAUGGUUGAAAAGAGCAAUUGAGGAUUUGACACCAAACUUACAUAAUUUGCCGCAAGGUCCGGAUGCGUGUAAUCAACGCCGUCGUCACAAACUGCAAUUACAACUCCGUUUCCAGUGAUGUUCUUCUUCCAUACAGGGGCUACAUUGAUGUCCACCCCUGCGGGACCGGUCGCCUGUCCUGUAUUAAGCUAGAAUGAUAUGAAAUUUAAUCAAAAAUAGAAGAGCGUUAUUUAUUUAAAGUUUAUCAAGAUCUUCUAAAUUUAAAAGCAUUACACUAGAUCUCGAUUACUUGAUGAUUUUGGAAGUUCUUUUGCACUUGGUAUUGAGCCAGAUUGUUGAUCAUAUCGUCAGAAUUUGACUGUCAGAAAGCAAAGACUCACCAAAUACCACAUGUUAUCGAAUUCAGGAUCCGUAGGGAUGCCAUCUCUUUUAAAACGGUCUAAGAUUUCCUGCUGUUCAACCCAUUUUACCUGAUGACAAAGAAAACAUGGUUUCAUUCCAAUUUUCCUUGACGGUAAAAGGUUAUUCUUAAAGAAGAUUUAAAUAUACACAAGCAGGCAGGCAAAAUAUGUUGCUCACCAAUUAUUUUAUGAAAAAUUGUCAGAAGGUUGUUCUUAAAUCCUGAUCAUAUUAUAGAAGGAAACCUCCCAGUUAUGCCUGCAGCCAUUUCUACACCGUAUCCAGCAUUCUGCAACAUACAGGCUAGCAGUAGCCUUCGAUAAGAAGUAUUGUGCAGGUAAAUCAAUCACUAGUUUAUUUCGUCUCUCUGUCCUUUUUCAAUCGCAAAGAUCUUUUGGUUUCAUAGUAUAUAAAAUUCUUCAGAUCGUGUGCAGGGCCAAUUUCCACUCAUUGAACCUUCUUCGUAGAUGAAUAAUUAUAAUAAAUUCUGUUUUCAAAGGAGUCAAAUUCAGCAUGGAAUCGGUGGUUUAAGUAACAAAAGUGACAAAUUAAUUUUGAAUGAGCCAAGCAUGUGGCUGUAACCAUAUAAAACGAAAUCGACUCAAAAAAUACCCACCUCUUCUUCAAGUCGAAGAAGAUCUGUCUUUUCUUUAGACUUUGCUUUCGCUGACUCUUCUACAUCAUUGUGUUUAAUAUGAUAAUGUCCUUGUAAACUUCCUAUCUGUAAAAAGACGUAGCAGCUAAAUACCAUCUGCCGGAAUACUACUGUGGAGGAGAGGACCUCUCUAACAAACAUUGCAACUUCUCAAACAUAUAGCUUCUAAAAGAGACCCAAAUGAUCAUCCGAUGGAAAUGAUACUUUUGUAAUUCAAAAUCAACUUAUCUUAUCUUCAUAAUGACUAAAGUCCUGUUUAAAUUGAAUAAAACUCUUGGAUUCUUGUCCAAGAGUUUUAUUCAAAAGUUGUCUAAAAGUCUUGAAUUUCUAUUUCGCAUUUGAUAUUUGUUUGACAACGAAUUUAAAUCGAAAAUAACAGCUCAUAAAUUUGGUCUCAGAGCUUGAAGCCUUUAUGAUUUUUCUUAUCUUAGUUAUAGCACUUCAUCAUAUCGAGAUAACAGGGCAGUGAUACAGGCUGUUGCCAUUCACGAGCUGAAUAUCUUGCUGAAAUCUCACAGCCGUUUCCAGAUAAAAUUUGACAACAUCUAUCUAUUGAGCCGAGAAAAACUGAAUGAAAACUACUGAAGAAAUUAUCGGAAAAUAUUUAGAGAAAUUAUCGCAUUACUUGCUGUAUAUCUGACACCCUCUAUUUAGGCCAAUUCAUGUGCAUCAGUAAAGCCACUGAGUACGAACAAUGGGUAACGUUGUUUACGUUCAGAGCCCCGCGCAGAGGUUGCAGGUGAAGGAAAUAGCGCAUUUGCCGGGCUCCGCAUUAUCUAAUAUUGGACGGCCACCAAAGAAAAGCCAGUGAAUCGCUUAAAAGAAGAUGAAUUCAGCGGUGUUAUUGUAGUACCAUUAGAAUUUUUUUUCUUGUGCAAUUUUACUACAUUGCAUGGAUCCACCUUUUGCCGAAGGCCGUAGUAAGGGCAUGGCUCCCCAACCAUCAGAUCUCGUCAGCCAUGUUCAUCAAGAUAUUGUUUUCGCUGGUCCUGUUUUUUCAUACCUAGUGCUUUUCACACAAACUUGCAAACUUUCAAGUUUUGUUCCUUCUUCGCUGUAUUUCAAUUUCAAGACACAGAUUCAAAAAUGGAGAAUUAGGCCAAUCUUCUAAGUUCGCAAAUCUUGCGAAUGUCAGAAAUCUUUCCCAUUAGCUAGGCAGGCAAUCUUUCCCAUUAGCUAAAACAGAUGUAAACUAGAACAUUGUUACCUACGAUUUAAACCUAUACCCAGGGAAAAUAGACCUGUUAAAAAAUAGUGUUCAGAGCCCUGGCUAUAAACAGAAACACAAAUGUUUCGAUGAAACACUCGAAAUCUGAUGAGUUCAAAAAACGCAAAAACUUUGCCUCUAUCGCUUUGUAUUGUUCUUUUGUUUUGCCCAGGGCAGGAUAAAACUGGCAAUAACGCCGAAAAACGCUAUAAAAGCUGUCAAACAUUGCCACACCACUGUCAAAGCCCUGCACAAAGCUUCAAGGCUCAACCUGUAGUUUUUAGAAGCACUCGUUUUUGGAAAUGACGAUAGAAUCUUGGGGUCCUGCCGUAAUCAGGUCCAAGAGUCCGAUCAGUUGCUUUGGUGCUUAUCUUCAAAACAUUUCUUAUAAGGCAACUUCAACAGCCUUAAUGCAAAGGAAAUUUUAACUCAAAUGUGAUCGUUUCAGAUAAUACGUGACAAGAUACAUAAUAAAUAAAAAUCGCUAGAAAAGCAAUGAAAACGUGUAUGCUAAGAGCUUUGCCAAAAUGUUUUUCAUAAGUAGGCCUAAAUCUAUCUUCUGUUCAAACCAUCUGUGAAACACACUUGGUCUCCUUACUUUCUCCUCAUUGAUAUUGGGGAGCAUCCUAAAUAUUUUCAUCACGUUAAAAUUUUAAAAUGAAAGUUUUUACUGUCGUUUUGAACAAGCCAAGGAUAUAACUUUCAGUCCUACGCAGCGUCAGUGUUGCAAAUUUCCUUGGUUGGUAGUUUUAAAGCUCUAACAACAAUGUAUAAUUUAUGUAAGCUACUAUUGCAGUUAAGCGUAGUUCAUACAAACCUGGCCUAGUAUUUCAAAUCCAUGCUUUUUGGUUAUUCUUUCUGCUAUGUCUCGAUGUGGUGGAUGGAAAUGCACCGCCCAGGUGUUAGAGUAAUAUUUACGAUGUGGCUUUAAUCUUCCUUUCGACCGCUGGUGACUUUUGUGAUGUCCAGGCCUCCUUAUGUAUAAAUUUUUGCCAGGAUGGCGCUUGUGUUGCUUGCGUGCUACUAUUUCUGUUGAUAGAUCUCCAAGGAUAAAAAAGAUCAAAACUGGCAAAACUAAGAUACGAAUCUUGAGUUCUUUGCAUCCAAUGCAGUCAAGAAUAUUAUCCAGCCUCAUUUCGACGCACUAGAUUAAAUUUGCUUAAAAACUAGUAAUUAGAUACCAACUGAAAAUUGCAGUAUUCAAAAAUGCCCAGACAUUGUAUUUUUCUUUGCAUGGAAAUUUUCAGCAAUAAAGCCAGAUGCGGCUAGUUAAAUUCAUUACGCCAAGCUAAAGAUGUUAAAAAGCCUAGCGAGUUGUGUCCAGUGAACAGGUCGUUGCAUAUAGAAUGUGCAUUCAGCCGUUGCAGUGUCAUGAUCUUCAAUGGCCACUGCAAACACAGUCCUGGGUUUGAUACCUUCAUCAACCGGUUACAGAUUGCUGCAUUACAGUGGCGGAAAUUGCGGGGAUGUGGGGGGGGGGGGGGGCAACCGCCCCCAGGUUUUGCGAAAUCAUCGGUUUUGUCGGCAAAAUUAUGUCAUCUGUCUGAAAAUUUGCUUGCUUUUGUGGGCAUUGCCCCUCCCCCCUACUUGAAAAUGAAUUUCCGCCACUGCUGCAUUAGAGCAGACUGGGGGCACUUGGUGACCCCCAAACUCUUCAUACAAGGUCUGAUGUUGGCGUGAUUGUCAGAAAUUGGUACCUUUCAUUGCUCUGUCAUUGCAUUCCAGUCUUUUGUUAUAUUAAUGUCCUGUUUCUUUUCUUGUUCAGUUUAUCGAUACUUUGAUUUUUCUUUCAAAGUUCUUCCUUGUGCUGCUAAAGUUCCACAAAAAUAGGGUUUUUCGAGACACAUUAGAAACAUUACCUUCUUUAAACACAUUAAACAAUAUUAAAAUGUUUUUGUCGAGCUUCUUGAUCGAUCAGUGAUUCAUAUGAUCAAGGAAAGUUAGCUGAAAUAUGCAAAUAAUGUUAUUCCAGUGAACAGUAACAAUCAUGUAACAAAACAGGAAUCCCACAUCUGCACCCUUUCUCUUAUACGUCAAAAGAGACACAACUCCUUCGCAGUAGUGGAAGCUAUGGGUCUCAAAAUCAACACAUCCGCGCCCUUUCACUUUUCUCUCACAAGACUCAUGAUUCCUUCGCAGUAGUGAAAGCCAUGGGUCUCAAAAUCAACACAUCCGCGCCCUUUCACUUUUCUCUCACAAGACUCAUGAUUCCUUCGCAGUAGUGGAAGCUAUGGGUCUCAAAAUCAACACAUCCGCGCCCUUUCACUUGUCUCUUACAAAACACAUGACUUUUUCGCAGUAGUGGAAGCUAUGGGUCUCAAAAUUAACACAUCCGCGCCCUUUCACUUAUCUCUUACAAGACACACGACUCCUUCGCAGUAGUGAAAGCUAUGGGUCUCAAAAUGAUCCACUUCAUCUAGGAAUUACAAAAGAAUAUCCCGUUCAAGAAAGUCACAGGGGCAACACCAGACCACUAAAAAUAUCAAUUGCAAUGCUAUCCAGAAAGAGCGGCUAUAGAAGGAAUUUUGGCAGUGAAAAUAUCAUCAUCAUUGUCAUCACUUUUACAUUUAGUCUCAUUAUCAAUUUUCGUUGAAUUUGGAAUUCGCCUUUCAUAAUGCGGAAGUUGGAAUUCGUCUAGUGCCCAUGAAGAAAAUUUCAAUCAAAUACAAGAUAGUAUACAACGUUUUGCAAGCGGCUUAUGAUCUUCUUUUUGCCA